AUGAGGUGCAUCUUGCCCGACUCCGACGGCGCUCCCGCCGGAUACAGUCACUUCACCCUGAACGGGCGGCCUUUCAAAGUCGGUGACGCCGUCUGCACCCGCCUGGCGGAAGCGGCUGCGGGCGAGCACCGCCGCGUCACCCGCGACAUCUUCAUCGCCCUGUGUCAGCUCUUCAGGGAGGAGAAAAGCGGUCAGAACUUCGCGGAGCCCCCAGGCGUAGACAAGAAAGGGUACGGUCAAGGCUGGGAGGAUGCCCACGCGAUGGUCUACGGGCUGGCAAUCAAGGUCCUUGGCGGCCCGCUGUACAACAAUGUCCCGCAACCUGAACCUUCCGCAGAGUUAGUCGACGGCGAUGCGAAGCCUUUCGUCAUGGCCAUGCGCACCAUCGUGAGAAGUGUCCCGGAGUCCCUUGCCGAGAUGGGUCACUCCGGAAAUAGCGAUCGAGGCCGACAACAGAAGCUGUCCGAGGGGCUGUCAGGCAAUCCUGGACCGUCGUCACCCGACCGUGAGAGCAAUGUCGAGAAGACGGAACCGACGAAUGCUGAUAAGAUGGGCUCGACGCGGAUGGCCAAGGACGACAAAGAACAAAGAGGCUGGCUGGAGGAGGCACUCAGCAACCGCUUCUCUUCCGGACCGAAUGACGAAAUCGAGGAAGACUCAAUGUCCCUGGCAUCGCAGGCCUCCAACACGCCGAUCAACACACCCUCAGCGGUCAGCAUCAGCAACUCGGUCCUGCGAGCCCUCGCCACGCCGCCCCUGUCAGCGAGCCCGUCUUCCUCGAGGCCAAGCCCCUCGACCCCCAACUGCUCCAAGCCCAGUCGCUGCAGGCCUGGCCAACCCGACGGGAGCCUCAAGAGAUCGGAAAUUAUCCGCGGCCUCGACACCACAGCGCUCCUCACGCACUUUGAGCGCCAGUCGCGGCUCGCGGAGCGCCGUAUCGUCGCGGAGCUCGCCAGAACGAGCAUCCUCCGCCAGGCCAUCCUCCAGGAUCGCUUCUUCGGUCGCGUGCCGUCGUUCGUGGGGACGCCGGACGCGAGAGAUCCGGUUGAGGGCCGCAGCGGCGCCGACGACGACGACGACGACGACGACGACGACAACGAAGUCGAAAACGCGGGCGUCACGAAUGGGAUCAACGAUCCGUUCCUGGGCGAGGCGCAGCAGGAUCGCGCCGUGAAGGAGGUCAAGACACUGUUCCGGCAGUGGCGGAAGGCGGCGGCGGACGCCACCAUGGACGCUGGCGUGCUGGACGAGGGCAUCCGGACCACUGAGGAAGGAGAAGAAGACGACAACAGCACCCGCCCGGUGGAAGACUCGAUGAUUCCGUACCUCGGUUCCGAGGUUCCGAUCGCGGGCCGUGGCGAGAACGCGACGGUGCCCAGCCCAGGGUCCGAAUCCGUGUACAGCAGCGACGGUAUCUGGCUCACCGGAAGUCCACAGCGGUUUACCGCAAGCCCGGAGCGCUUCGAUGUGGCGUCGCCGCCAAUGAGCCCCUGCAUGCAACGCCAGUAUCGCUUAAUGAUCGACCAUUUCGCGUCUCGGAACGCCUACAGCUCCAGCUCCAGCUCCGACUCCGACCAUGGACACUGA